AUGGCGGAUUCUCAAAACGGCAAGUCCUUGUUCUUCUUCUUCUUGGUCUCGUUUAGUUUGUUUUUUCUCUCGCCGUCUUAUGCAUCUCCUGUUGUCACCACCACUUCCGGGCCCGAUCCGAUUCCUUACGAGAACUCAGAUGCUUCUUCUCAGGGAGUCGUGACCGACAACGAAUCCGACAGGAAAGCUGUUUCAUUGCAUAGACUCGAAGAACUUGUUAGGAAUCUUACGGAACUAGUUGCUAGAUUAGAUGCUAGGUUAUCUGAAACUCGUGGGAAUUCCGGUGAUGAGAUCGAAGAAGAUGGUAUUAUUAGAGAGAAAGCUAAGGCUUUUUCAGUGACAAAGUAUAGUCCUUUCUGGUCAGAGAGAUUCGAAUUCUCAUCAGCUGUGAAAUUAGAUUCAGACCCGACUUGUAUCAAAGUGUUACCGUUUCGAGAUUUCGAUGGUUUAAGCAAGUAUUUCGCAGUUGGUGAUUCAAGUGGUAGAGUUUAUGUGUUCUUGAGAAAUGGUGAUGUUUUGGUCGAGUUUUUCACCACCUGUGAUUCACCGAUCACAUCAAUGGUUUCUUACAUGUCUGUGUAUAAGAACGAGAGCUUUGUAGUGACGGGUCAUCAAAGCGGAGUCAUCUUGUUGCAUAGACUCCGCGAGGGCUCGAUGGGGGAAGAUUGGAAUCCCGCUGAGAUGGAAAAUGUUGGAAAGUUCGAUGGCACGGAGGAUGGUUUGCAAGUGACUCUAUUGGAAGUGCAUCAUGUGGGUCGGGUUAGGUAUUUAUUGGCGGCGGAUCUAAGCGGGAAGCUCACGGUUUUCACGGAGAACAGAACGGUUUAUGGCUCUGUUACGCCAUCCAGUAGACCGCUCGUGUUCUUGAAGCAGAGGUUGUUGUUUCUUACCGAGACUGGUGCUGGUUCAUUGGACUUAAGAAGCAUGAAGAUUAGAGAAUCCGAGUGUGAAGGUUUAAACCAUUCUCUAGCGAGAACUUACGUUUUCGAUGCGUCGGAACGGUCUAAGGCUUAUGGAUUCACAUCCGAAGGUGAAGUCAUUCACGUAUUGCUUCUCGGAGACAUCAUGAACUUCAAAUGCAGAGUGAGAUCAAAGAGGAAGUUUCAAAUGGAGGAGCCUGUUGCGUUACAGGCCAUCAAAGGCUAUCUACUUGUAGUCAGCCAAGAGAAAGUCUUUGUAUACAAUGUAUCGACUCAACACUACGUUCGAACCACAGGUCCUCGGCUUCUUUUCCCCGCAGCAUUAGAAGAUAUCAGGUCAACGUUCUUGAGUCAUCGAGAAUCAUUUAAAACCAAUCACAAGAGGCUCAAAAAAUUAACUCCUUUGAUAGCCAGCGAUCGCGAAAAGCUCCUUGUGAUGGGUUUAGGAGACGGAUACGUCGCUACAUACAAAUCGAAGCUUCUGAUUUCAAAAGGAGAAUUUAACACAAUGCUAUGGAGCAGUCCUGUCUUCUUCUUCAUACUGUUUCUAUUCGCCGCGUGGCAUUUUUUCGCCAAGAAGAAAGAAUCUCUCACAGCUUGGGGACCCGACGAUCCUUUCGUCUCCACGACUUCUUCCACUGGCAUAAACAGUUCUACAACAGAACGUUCUUUCACCGAGCCAUCUAGGAGAAACAAUGACCUCAUGGAUCUCCGAAGAAGAUACGUCUCGCCAUCUCGGUACCUUCCUGGAGCAGCAGCAGGUACUUACCGGUCAGUUGCUUCUAACGACUCGAGAGCUCCAGUGGAAACCACUAACUACAGAACAACCGCACAAGAGAUGAAUUAUCGUGGUGGGUCAGGUCUUGAUUCAGGUGGUGGGUUUGGUAAUAGAAGAGAGAGCUUGUUUGGUAAUAACAAAGCUUUAGACGACGAUACUUAA